AGGAGAAAGUGCAUUGCCUAAGCCCAUUACAUUGAAGAAAUGGUUUUGCUGGUGGCAAUAGCAGAGGUGCUGUUGGUUCUGGGACUGGCCGUGGACUCAGAUUCUCUCUGCUCACCCACUACCUUCUAUAAGAACUGCUGGAUCCGACGCUUCCCAGGUCUUCUGCUUGACCUGCAGGAAUCGCAGAAGAGGGGAGCCCAGGUGCUAAAGAUUUAUGCAGAAGUCUCACCCCAACAGUGCAGCAGAACCUGCUGCCUUCUGAGGAAUGUUUCCUGCAAUGUAGCAGUGUUCUACCAUGGACCUAUUCAUGAGAAUAUGAACUGCCUGCACAUGUCCUGUCCCACACUGGAAAGCUGCAUACUAAAGGCUAGAAUCAAUGUAAUUUUGUACAACAUCACAACAGGGAUUGAUCCAGAUCUUCUGCUUUUUGAAAAGCUGAAAUCCAAAGAGCCAAGUACUCAGUCCUCACCAAGCAAAUAUGAAAGGCAAAACAGCAUGACCACAGAGUGGGAAAGAUGCCAACAUCAUAAUGUCACAUCAAGUUCCCUUCUGCUCCAAGCUCCAGCUUCUACCACGAGCUAUGGCUUAGCAGCAAACACUUACACCUCCAGUACAAGCCUGAUGGUCAAAAACCCUGCAGUUACCACUUAUUCCAGGGGAGAAACUUUUCCAUCAGAUGAUGAUUUUGCUAAGAGGACAAGCACAUCUUCAGUAAGCACCAGGUCAGUCACCAGCUCCCACAAGAAGACUGGACACUCAACUCUGCUAUCCAAGUCUGCCCAGGUAUUAUCCCACAUGCCCACUCCUCCCCGUCUCAACAGCAGUAAGCAACACCUCAACGAAACCAAAGGCUACAGUGGCAGGAAUUACACUUCAGACAAUGAGGCACCUGGCUGGGAAGCUGCAGCUCUGGGGGUCUGGCUGAUUCCUGUUGUUCUUUGCUCUUCUCUCAUCUUCCUUUGCUGUUGUACUGUUGCUUUCACAGCAGGGCAUUGCAGCAGUAGGAGAGGUCACUAUAAGCCCGUAAGGAGAAGAACAACAAAGCUGAGACAAUUCAUAAAAUAUUCUAGUGUCAAAGGUAAUUUGUAA